AAGAAAAAAAAAGAUAGAAUUUUUUUAAAGGACACUGUCAUUAGUUGUCAUGGGAAGUAUUUAAUACCUUGAUGUUCAUCUACUCACCAAGUCUUGCUCAGGUCAAGAAAAACAGAGAAAUCUAUUUUCACAUUGUCUAUCAAAGCUCACUUAAAACCUUCGCCUACAUAAAUCUUGUUACCCUUUACAUUCAUUACAUUAUCAACCCUCUGAAUAAAAAGGAUCUUUGUUUUUGGUCUUCCUGGAAGCUUAACUGGGGAGCUAGCUUGUUCAAGUUCAAAGAUGUUCAAUAAAGUAAUGGUGACGUGCUGCGCAAAGCCAAAAACAGAGGCUAAAGGCAAGGUUGAAGAGUGCAAGGACAAAAAGAAGAUCAAAGGAGCAGUGGUUUUGAUGAAAAAAAAUGUGUUGGACAUGAAUGAUAUGACAGCUUCUUUAUUUGAUCGAGUUCACGAGCUUUUUGGCAAGGGUGUUUCUUUGCAGCUUAUCAGUGCUGUUCAUACCGACCCUGCCAAUGGGUUGGGAGGGAAGCUUGGAAAGCCCGCAUAUUUGGAGAAGUGGGUGACAACACUGACACCAUUAACAGCAGGAGAAACUACGUUCUCCGUUACAUUUGACUGGGAUGAAUCCAUGGGUGUUCCUGGAGCUUUCAUUAUUAAAAACCAUCAUCACAGCCAGUUCUACCUCAGGACAGUCACUCUGGAAGACGUUCCCGGCCAUGGCCGGAUACAUUUUGUUUGCAAUUCCUGGGUUUAUCCAGCACAUCGGUACAAGUAUGAUCGCGUCUUCUUUUCCAACAAGACUUACCUUCCAUGUCAAACACCCGAACCCUUACGCAAGUAUAGGGAAGAAGAACUGGUAAAUCUCAGAGGAAAUGGAAAAGGAAAACUCAAAGAAUGGGACAGAGUAUAUGCUUAUGACUGCUACAACGACUUGGGAAUGCCCGAGAAGGGUUCAUCAUAUGCACGUCCAAUUCUUGGUGGAUCGCAGUGUCCAUAUCCCAGAAGAGGGAGAACUGGUCGGAAACCACACAAGAAAGAUCCCAAUACAGAGAGCAGACUAUUUCUUCUAAGCCUAAACAUUUACGUUCCGCGAGAUGAACGAUUUAACCUAGUGAAGUUUUCAGAUUUUCUUGCCUAUGCUUUGAAGUCUCUGUUUCAAAUAUUGAUCCCCGAGAUAGCAGCCGUCUGUGACAAAACUAUAAAUGAGUUUGACUCCUUUCAAGAUGUACUUGAUCUCUAUGAAGGUGGUGUAAAGCUACCAAAUAAUGCCACUCUUAAGAAAAUCAGGGAAUGCAUCCCUUGGGAGAUGAUCAAGGAACUUAUUCGUAACGAUGGUGAGAGAUUGAUGAAAUUCCCAAUGCCUGCUGUGAUCAAAGAGGAUAGGUCUGCCUGGAGGACAGAUGAAGAGUUUGCACGAGAAACUCUAGCUGGAGUCAACCCAGUUAUGAUCCGUCGGCUCCGAGAAUUUCCACCAGCCAGCAAGCUUGAUCCUAAAACAUAUGGGAACCAAAAAAGUACCGUUACAGAGGAACACAUUGAGAGGAACAUGAAUGGACUUACUGUAGAAAAAGCUUUAGAAAACAACAAACUGUUUAUAUUGAAUCAUCAUGAUGCAUUGAUGCCAUACCUGCGGCGGAUAAAUUCCACUAGCACAAAGACUUAUGCCACCAGAACUUUAUUCUUCUUGCAAGAUGAUGACACACUGAAGCCAUUGGCAAUCGAGUUGAGCUUGCCACAUCCACAAAGCGACAAACAUGGUGCUGUCAGCAAAGUUUUCACCCCAGCAGAGGACGGGGUUGAAGGUUCAGUCUGGCAGUUGGCCAAAGCUUAUGCUGCUGUGAAUGAUUCUGGCUAUCAUCAGCUCAUCUGUCAUUGGUUAAAUACUCAUGCUGUAAUUGAACCAUUCAUAAUUGCAAGUAAUAGACAGUUGAGUGUGGUUCACCCCAUAUAUAAGCUUCUGCAUCCCCACUUCCGUGACACAAUGAACAUAAAUGCUCUGGCCCGUCAGACCCUCAUCAAUGCUGGCGGGGUGCUUGAGCUGACUGUGUUUCCGGGUAGAUAUGCACUGGAAAUGUCCUCUGCUAUUUACAAGACUUGGGUUUUCCCUGACCAGGCUCUCCCUGUUGAUCUAGUUAAAAGAGGGAUGGCAGUUCCAGACGCUAGCUUGCCCCACGGUGUCAGACUUCUGAUACAGGACUAUCCUUAUGCUGUCGAUGGGUUAGAAAUCUGGUCAGCUAUUGAAACUUGGGUCACUGAGUAUUGCUCCUUCUACUACCCAUCAGAUGAAGUAGUAAAAGAGGAUAAUGAAAUCCAAUCAUGGUGGGCGGAGAUCCGAACUGAGGGCCACGGUGAUUUGAAGGAUGAACCAUGGUGGCCUGAGAUAAAGACGCGAGCUGAGCUCAUCGAAGCAUGCACAAUUAUCAUAUGGGUGGCUUCUGCUUUCCAUGCAGCUGUUAAUUUCGGACAAUACCCUUAUGCUGGCUACCUCCCUAACAGGCCUACAGUUAGCCGUCGCUUCAUGCCAGAACCAGGCACCCCUGAAUAUGCUGAGCUUGAGAAGGACCCUGACUUGGCCUUCCUGAAAACAAUCACAGCACAAUUCCAAACUCUACUUGGUGUGUCCCUUAUAGAGGUUUUGUCCCGGCAUUCAGCCGACGAAAUAUACCUUGGGCAGCGAGAUUCUCCUGAGUGGACUUCUGAUGCUGAACCGUUAGCUGCAUUUGAAAGAUUUGGAAAGAAGCUAAUAGAAAUCGAAAGUAGAAUUAUGGACCGAAACAAUGACAGCAGACUGAAGAACAGAACCGGACCGGUGAAGAUGCCAUACACCUUACUAUAUCCUAACACCUCAGAUUACUCUAGAGAAGGUGGGCUUACCGGUAAGGGAAUCCCAAACAGUAUCUCAAUCUAAAUCUUAAGUGCAUAUUCCUGAAGGAAGUACAUAGUCAGCAUCUUUAGUUAUUAUAGUAAAAGAAGGUGCUGAUUAGAUUUUGCAUUUUCCCUUUCUGUUUAGUUUUCUCACAUCGUAGUAAAGAUAAAGAGUUGUGCAGAUUCUUAGCUAUCUUCUGAAAACAAUUUGUUUUGUAACACAAUGGCAUGGUGUACCAAUUUUUCUUAAUAUGGUAUUGCUACUAUUAAGUAAAGGUGCAGACUUCAGUUUGUAGACUC